GUCAGACUGCCGGUCACGUGAUGCCCAUACACUUUGUGGCGCUGGCGGGAAGCAAUGAUGGAUGUGGAUAUGGUAGAAAGCUCUGCCGGUGAAUCGGGCACUAAAACGGCCGCCCAGUCUGCCAAGGGCCUGGCCGGAACUUAUGAACUUCCUUGGGUAGAAAAAUACAGACCAUUGAAACUAAGUGAGAUAGUUGGAAAUGAAGAAACUGUCAGCCGCCUAGAAGUAUUUGCAAGAGAAGGAAAUGUUCCAAAUAUCAUAAUUGCGGGGCCUCCUGGAACAGGUAAAACCACCAGUAUUUUGUGUUUGGCACGUGCACUUCUGGGCCCCACCAUGAAAGAUGCUGUCUUGGAGCUCAACGCCUCAAAUGAUCGAGGCAUAGAUGUGGUGAGAAACAAAAUUAAAAUGUUUGCUCAGCAGAAGGUCACCCUUCCUAAAGGGCGUCACAAAAUUAUUAUCUUGGAUGAAGCUGACAGCAUGACAGAUGGAGCCCAGCAAGCUUUGAGAAGAACUAUGGAAAUCUAUUCCAAGACGACACGCUUUGCUCUAGCAUGCAAUGCUUCAGACAAGAUUAUUGAACCCAUCCAGUCCCGAUGUGCUGUACUCCGUUACACCAAACUGACAGACGCUCAAGUCCUUGCAAGGCUGAUGGAUGUUGUUGAGAAGGAGAGAGUUCAGUGUACAGAUGAUGGGCUUGAGGCUAUAGUGUUCACUGCACAGGGAGAUAUGAGACAGGCACUGAAUAACCUGCAGUCCACUUUCGCUGGAUUUGGCUUUGUAAAUAGUACAAAUGUAUUUAAGGUAUGUGAUGAGCCCCAUCCAUUGUUAGUGAAAGAAAUGUUACAGCACUGCGUUAAUGCCAACAUUGAUGAAGCAUACAAGGUUGUGGCUCAUCUGUGGAAACUUGGUUAUUCCCCUGAAGAUAUAAUAGGCAACAUAUUUAGGGUGUGUAAGACUUUCCAAAUGCCAGAGUAUCUCAAGCUGGAAUUCAUAAAGGAAAUUGGAUACACACACAUGAAAAUAGCAGAAGGAGUUAACUCUCUUUUACAGAUGGCCGGA